AUGACCAUACUCCGCUCUAACAAGGCAGCCCGGCAAGUGAAAGGCAUAGUCAGUAACGCAACUAUUGCCUUCCGCGGGAACGAGCUGACCGGCAACAUGAGCUCCCAAGAAGAUCUGUUUGCUGACUUUGUACGAAUACUUGAGGAAAUAGAAAUCGAGUGGAAUCAAACAGACGAAACCUUCUACCAAUCGGCAGAAGAAGAUUCGGACGAAAUAGAGCCAAAAACAAUAACAAACACAAUGACAAAAGAUCUACCGGCAGCAGGGGAGCGAGGAGCUCCAAAGUUCAUCGACACCGAACCCGAGGAGUUGCUCCGCUUCCUAGAAGCAGUAGAUGAAUUAUAUAAAAAAUGUGAAAUUACAAACGACAACGAUAAAAAGAAGGCGGUUGGCAAAUAUGUAUCUGCGCAAACGGAAGCCCAGUGGAAAGCCUUCAAAACAUAUAAAACCGGAACCUGGGAAGAGUUUAAAACCGAAGUCACAGCCAGUUAUCCAGAAGUGGUACUUCUGGAGCGCGGUUCCAUCACGGCCCUAGACAAAUUAUGUCGAAAAUAUAGUCGUGCCAAUCGAAUUGAGGCAAGCGACAUUACGGGUUUAGCAGCGUUAAUACGUUGCUUCCGGGCUGAGGCAGGAAAGCUUACUGAAGACCCUCCUCUAGUGUCAAACCGAGACCUAGUAGAUAGGUUUUUAGACUGCCUUACCCCAGAAUUCGCUACUCGUAUUGAAGAUAAACUUGACACAAUUAUGGACGCCCGGGCCUCCAUAACCGAUAAUGCGGGAACUAACGCGCGCUGGGAAGACCGGUAUACUCUACAAGAAGUAAUUAAUAUGGCACAAGGCAUAGCUGAGCGGUCCCGGAGAGGAUACGGUAUUAAGCCAGCCGAAAAUAAAGGAAACCGGCGAGGAUACGGGGACGAAGAGUUAGUACCAAACCAGAAAGGGCUAGAAACGUAUGUCAAACUAGAGGAACAGAUGGCACAGUUAAUUGAUACCAUCACCAAUGCAGAAAAGCGACGAAUGGCGGACUACAAGGUACUCCAGGAAAGUCAGAAUCGCCAACUUCGCGAAAUGCAACAGUUCUUGAGUACGAGACAAACCACACCAGGGCUAUUGCCAAACAACAGCUAUGCGCCCAGCAGAUACAGGGAUAACCCUAAUACUGGGUGUCACUACUGUAAGGAAGACUCCCACCGAAUUAUAGAAUGUCCGUAUGUAAGAAAACACCUAGAGGCAAAAUGGAUCAUUAAGAAUGCAGAGAACCACAUAAGGUUACCCAAUGGGGCACAAAUCUACCCGGAUGGGAACAAAUCCCGCAAAGAGGUGGUGGAAAACAUGAAUAAGAGCAAGGGUAUGGCAGCAACCAUGCUCCAAGAAGAACGGGAAUCUCCUGCGGGGGAAGUAAGGUAUAAAUUGCAUAGACAGUACGAGUUAGCAAAAUCGUUACAAGCCCUUACAGAGGACUUCGGCGAAGACGCCCUAGAAGCCGUACUGGAGGAAAGACAGGCAUUUAAAGAAAUGGAGGAAGAAGAACCAAGAUUAGAAAAUUUUCAGUAA